AUUUUCUAAUACAAUAUAAUGUGGAACUGUAGCCAGUUCUCAUCGGUCAUCAAAAUGCAAAGGAAUUUAAUACAGACCGUGUUUCAGCUGGCACAUCGGACAUGUUUGGUACCACAUCGCACUGGUUUCCUUCAACACUUACAAGGGAAACCAAUCUUUCCUCAGACUGGAUGCAAAGUGAUUUUGGCAUUGGGCCCUGCAAAACAAUGUCUGCAUGCAUCUGCUGUGCUUUGUGUCUCAAAGGAAGGAAAAUCAUCGGGUGAAUAUUCAUCCCAGCCAGAAGGCACUUACCACAAAGAACAAAAAGAAGAAAACCCUUUGAAACGAGUUAGUGAUGCAUCCCAUGGUAGCCCAGUAGAAUCAAUUUCUUUAGAGCCUGAUCCAUUACAAGACAAAUCAAUUAGUCUCUUUCAGAGAUUCAAGAGAACUUUUAAACAGUAUGGAAAAGUUAUGAUUCCAGUGCAUCUGUUGACAUCCAGUGUAUGGUUUGGAUCCUUUUACUAUGCAGCCAUGAAAGGAGUGAAUGUCGUUCCUUUCCUAGAGUUCAUUGGAGUACCAGAAUGCGUUGUAAGCAUUCUGAAAAACUCUCAAAGUGGAUAUGCACUAACUGCAUAUGCAAUGUAUAAGGUAUUCGCUUUACCUAACAAGCCACGCCAAGAGUGCACACGGACAACCAAAAGGUCAGAAAGACUGGAGGACCAUACUGUUGAGAGGGCCUUGCCAUGCACAACAAUGCACCAGCCAAACUGAAGAAGACUUUUCUUGCUUGUCAGCUUUAAAAACAAAUUGAUUCCCACCCACUUUCAAAAUCGAAAGCAUAGACCUUGUCUAGAUGAAAAAGGUUUGCAAACCCUGCUAGCAUAGUCGAAGGUUUAUGCUGGCAAAAGCUUGUGUCAGUUUCCUGAACAACAAAACAUAUACCAGCAAAACGACUUUCAUGUCAGUAUAACUGUGUCUAUACUUGGGCUUUUGUUGGUAUAAAAUGUCAUUAAAAAAGUCAAAUGCCAAAUAGAUAUCACUAUACUGACAAAACUUUUAAGGCCUGGCCUUAUUCCAUUGCUCACUGGGCUUGGACAGAUUUAGGUCUUGUCUAUACUCAGCAUUAGGCCCAAUUCAGCUAUCACUGGUCCAGCAGUGCUGCAAACCCCAAGUGUGAACAAAGAAAGUUAAACAUUGAACCAUUUCAACUAAGCACCUGUUUCAAUCGGGGUAAGAUCAAAUAGUGUAAAUUACAGCUUUCCUUGUCUAUUAUGCCUGGGGCUUGUACCACUGCAGCUACACAGAUUGCUGAAUCCUGAAUGCAGAGAAAGUGAGAAUGGGAGAGUUGUGCAACAGAUACAGGUGCAACACAAGGACUGUUUUUGUUUUUGAAAAACUCUCUUAGCCUACUUUUGAUUUUUUCAGGGUCGGUUUUGAUCCAGGUCUCAAUGAAUUGAAGGCCCAUAUGGUGUCAUAGAGUUUGGAUAACAAGGUUCUGGGUAAAUCUCUAGGUAAAUAAGGUUACAAAGGGUAUGAAUAAAAUAUCUUCUGGAGAAGACGACGCUAAAACUGGUCCAGAGCUCCAGAGCAGCAACAAGGUGACAACAAAGAAGAGAAGCAUCUAGAUGCAAAGUUAAAGCUGUGAAGGUUUGUUUGUUUUGUUUUUCUUUUUCUUUAAAGUGACACACACACACACACACACACACACACACACACACACACACACAGAGAAUGCUCUUCAUCGCAAAGAUGCAUCAAACAACCAGUUGCUAUCUACAAGCUAGUCAAAAGUGAUUUGUUCAAACUCUUCUUUUCCCUUAUGAUACUAUAUUGAUAUUUAAUAGGAAAAUAAAAUACAUAGACUUUUUGUCAUUUGUAUGCAUUCAUUUGCAAAUUUUCUUACAAAAGAGGACCAAGCACAUAAGUAGGCAUUCACAAAUUUGAUGCCAUUUUUGUUAAAAUUGGUAUCAUCUAUAUAUUAUCUUACAGUAUUAACAACGUCUUUUUUUGUUUGUUUGUUCUACCCAUUGGGUAGGAUAUGUGCAUAAUAUAUUCAAGUUAUAUACAGCACCUUACAAAUAAAACUCAGAAGAAGAGACAGACAACUGAAAAAGCACCAUUUUAAAGUGAGGCACAACAAAGGUGGGAGCAUAGGGUCUGAUCCAAAGUCCACUGAAAUUAGUGGGAGCCUUUCCACUGACUUGAAUGAGCUUUGGAUCCAGCCCGUAGAGUGCAAGCGGAUUCCUAUCUGCUCAGACCUGAACAUGAGGCCCCUUAGUUGCUUACAAACUACUAACAUGCAAACCUCCUCAAAAUUAUAUCUAAUAUAUAUGUAUAUAUUUAUUAGUAUUCCUACCACAGCAGACAUACAAGCACAAACUGAGGAAAGGGUGAAGGAAAAGACACCUUUGUAACCCACAAGAUCCGAACACAUACCACGUGGUUUCAGAACACUCGCAUACCAAACCAUAUAAAGCAGCAGCAGCAAGCAGCAGCAAUAGAGCAAAGAAAUGAGACACUAUCAUCGCUGGCAGUAAAUCCCAUGCAGGGCAGGAUUGCUUGGGGGUGGGUGGGAAAGGGAGUAUUUUUGUUUGUUUCUCUGUGUUAAACACAAAAAGGCAAACUCUUUUGUCAUGAAAGCGAUGCUAGCUUUGCUUGUGUUCAUUCUAAAGAUGUAACGCAGACUGUGUCCAGCAGCAGUGCAGUCAGAAGGAGAGUUUUUGGCAUUGUCAGUACGAACCCAGCUCAACCUUCCCUGCUCUGAGAGCAGAGAAAUGUAGAGUGAAUGGCUGCAAAUUCAGUGGUAGUGGCCUUUACAUAUAUCAAAACAAAGUAUGUGUGGCUGAUUUACAAAGUAUUAAUUGGCUUCUAAAUUUUGCAUUGGUGCUAUUUACGGUUUCGAUAAAGCACUUCACCUAUUCUGAGCCUGGCCUACAAUUGGAAGGGUUUGCUGGUGUAACUAAAUCCACAAAGGUAAAUCCCCGGUGGUGAAGAUCCAGUUUAUAUCCACCAAAGAUCUUACAACAGCUUCCUGAAUGGAGUAUGCUAGAUUGGGAGUUCUCAAACUUCAUUGCCACGUGGCCCCUUCUGACUACAAAUAUUACUGUAUGACCCCAAAAAGAGGGGAACCAAAGCUUGAGCUUGCCCAAGCCCCACUGCCUCAGGCAGAGAGCCCAAGGGAUUCAGCCCAGGCAGGAGUGUCUGUAAUCUGAGCCCUGCCAUCAAUGGCUGAAGCCCCCAGGAUCUGAACUCAGGUCCGAGCCAUAAGUCUAAGCCAGCCCUGAUGACCCCAUUAAAAUGGGGGCCCGACCCACAGCUUGAGAAUUACUGUGCUAAACUAACAAAAGGACUUUUGUGCAUUUAUACUGGGGCUUUUGCUGGCAUACCUACAUUACUCAAGGGUGAGGGGCAAAAAAACAAAACUAAAACUCAACAACAAAAAGUAAACACACACACACACACACCCGAGCAAAAAUGCUAAGCGUAAACUAGGCCUGGACCAACGUUCACAGACAGAUGGACCUUGGUUUGGAUUUAUAAUGAGAAGUAUAAAUUGUCAUUUAAGAAGGAAACAUAGCAAGUGAAGCAAAAUUAAAAUGAAACUCUGAAAGUUCAGCUGAAACGAUGUUACUCAGACAAAUCCCCACAAGGGUUUUUUUUACAUGAGAAAUGCUAUGAAAGCAUAUGUAAAUUUUAACAAUUCUAUGUCAGUAGCUCCUUGGGAGAGGAAGGGAGUUAAAACAAAAGUGACACAUUUGGGGUUAGUUUCAGGGCAUGUACCCAAUUGGGAAAGCCAACCAUCCCAACAGCCCUUAAAUGAAACAGAACACAAAAAUAAAAGAUUCUUAUAACAGCCCUUAAAUGAAACAGAACACAAAAAUAACCUAAAGCAAAGCUUCAGCUGAGCCAACUCUCAAAUGCGGGUCCCUUGUUAUUACCCCUAGGUUUGUUAGAGACGAUGUACUUCUGUAGUUUUAAAAAUGUUUCACUGCAGUACCUCAGUACAAGCAGCCUCCUAGAGGGCAGUCUCCAAAAUAUGAGGGCUGCAUUCAAAUGCAUCCUAAAGAGGAGAGCUGUUGGAUGGAAGAUGAGCAGUGCCCCAUGUCAAAGUUGGGAACCCAGGCAGCUGGUCGAUAAGUACAGUAUUCAAAGGGCGAGGGAAGAGAAUAAGUGCUCCUCACGCUUUCAACUUUUUGCCUGGUUACCUGCCACUGCUCAGGCAUGUAACAGAGUAAUGUUCAAAAGUAUGAUUCAAAAUAGUUAAGGGAUGUUUUAAACUUGGCUUCUGACACAAAAUAAACCCACUCAACAACCCAGUAAGUUGGUUUUAGAAUAACUACUACUAGUUGGAUAAGUAGACUAGAGAAGAGAAAACAUGUGCCUGUAUAUGUGUGCAAACACACACAUACAACAGUCACAUAUGGUGUGAGUCAAGGGUAAGGCAGCUAUGAGUGUUUUUGGGGAAACCUCAAAUAGCCAAAGUCAAAUAAUCCUUUUGAACACACCAGCAAGUGUUUUGUUUAUUCAUUGUGCUUAAAAGUUUUUGAAGAUCAAUUUUUAGUGUGUUUUUUUAUUGGUACUAUCUUUUUGUAUUCCUCUGCUUGUAAAGCCAGGUUGCCUUAGUUACCAUGAGUGUGCAGGCCACAGAAUCAGAGAAAUGUUAAUUAUAAAACAUUUUAAAAACAUUUCAACAUUUCUUACAAAUGGAGGUGUCAGUUUUAAGGUUCAAUGUCACAUAAUCUGUCAGGGCUAGAAAUGAAUGUGUUCUACAGCAGAACAUUAGAAAGCCUGCACUUUUGAGUUCUUCACAGGGCUAAUGCUUUAUAGCUAGUGAAUUGCACUAUUCUCGGAGCAGCCUAAUUUCAGUCCCCAUUUUCACCUAAUUCACAGUUAUAGGAAAAAAAUUUAGUGGCAAGGCUCUUUUUCAUUUGAAGCUACUAGUACUGAGAUUUGGAACAUCAGAAGUAGCUUCAACUGAGAUUAGCGGGCAGAAUGAAAAUCAGAACAAAGGUGCAAAAUAAAUGCGAUUAAUUCUACAGUUCCAGUUAAUUCCAUGGUUGCAGAAACAUAAAUAAAGGAAGUUAUUCGGUUUAUCGUGACUGUGUACAUAGAAUGUGUGCAUGUUUUCUCACAUACCUAGAGUGAACACAGAGUGGUAAAAUGUUAUCAGCAUGAGUUUGGGUAAGAUGCAUUACUCAUGAGUCACAAAGCCAUGCAUGAGAGGGCUUCUGCAAAUCACCCCUAACUAAUGAUGACCUCUCACCCCACAGUAUCAUGUAUUUUUCUUGCUACCUUAAAAUUCUAGAGAGAGCUUUUAAUGUUUUAAUUGGGACCAUUUUUUCAUCUUUCAUUCAUACCUUGAAGUCAGGUGCGUCACAUACCAGGCGUCUAACUGCACUGGGCACAGAAGGAGCCACACAAACCUUUAAAAAUAGUCUUGAGAGAUUUUUCUAUAAUUCCAGGGCUGGCAGUGAUAUGUAUCCCACUGGGAUGUUUGAAGUCUCCUUUUCCCAACAGGAUAAAACUCUCUUUCCUAGCCCUCAAGACCACCAGGCAACAUACACUGAAGACUAGACAUUUUUUUCUGACUAGAAAAUCUCACACCAGAGUCCAACAGCUGAAACUUGUCCUCUGCAGGUCUUAGAUCAAAGUGAUUUUGGAGAGGAAUUCUUCAUUUGUGGGGCAGAGAGGAGCAGGGAUGAUCUAUUUCAGAUAUUAAUUUUUUUUAAAGAGUUUGAAGUUGCUCAGAAAUGUGGAGUGUUUGAGUAUAUCUUGGGAAAGAUGGGUUAUUGGGCAGAGCUCAAGUGAGGCAGUCAAAAGGUGCAUGCUACUUUGAUUUGCCACAUUAUUCUCAAUUUAUCACAUGGAUGAAAACUGCCACAUGUGUGGUAUAUUUGUGUGUAUUUUAUAUGUAAUAUGCAUACAUGGACACAUACACAAGAAUGUGGAGUUUCACCCGUGAUAAAUGUUAGAAAAUAUACCAAUUUAACAGUUUAAAAAUUGCAUUUGGGUAGCUAAGACUUUACAGACUAUGGUGCUGUGUCUUUUUACAGAGAUUCCUCCAGAAUUGCUGCACAGAAUUUACCUUGAAAGAAUGCCCAUUUUUGAGCCUGAACAGAUUGAUAAUGACUUCUUGUCUGAUAUAGUUUUUUUCUUGUUUUCUCUUUCAGAGUUCAGUUCUAAAAGUUUCGGCGUGUUCCCUGUUCUCUAUGAGCAGAAAGAAAGGGUAUUCCUUUGUAAUACUGGUGGCAGAAUCUACAUCAGAGAUUAAUAACAUUCAUUAAGAUAGAAUCACAAUGAAGUCUAAAAAUCACUUUUUGCAGAGCUGAUGAAAUGUGUUACUUCCUCUGCAGCGUUUGUAACCCUAGUACAAGGAAACCUAACAGACCACUUUAGUAGGUGUUUUCUUCUGUGUGUGCAUGCAUCACAGCCAACACUGUUAAUGAGAGUUACACAGACACACUGGGACACCAGGGUGAAAAGACAGUAAAGGGUUAUCCUCCAAAAAGUGGCUUUGGAGUUAAUAGAUGGGGCCUCUCAUGAGAUCUGCAAGCAGUGGAACAGCUUGUGUUCAAACUGGUCCAAUGCCAAGGCCUGGUCUCCUGGCCCAGUAGUGUCCUGACAGAAUGACAACUGAGUUCCAUUUGUUCUUUGAGCUAGAUUCCCUAGGGCUGAAUAAUCCUGAGCUAGGCACCAGCAACUGAGUAUUUCUAGUACAGUAUCUCUAUAAACAUACACGUCUGCCUAGGGGAUUGGCUUUCUGCUCAGUUCCAAUAGCAACAAAAUCACUGAAAUAGGAAAAUAAACAUUUUUUGUGAAAUGUGUAUAGUCCUGCUAAACCUGCAGGUUUCUUUAACAUCCUAAAUCCAAAAUGUUUGACUCCCAGAAUCUAUAAAAGGCAAGAGAUGUAAUUGGCAGAUAGCUAGAAAGUCAUCCCAUAAACAUCUGUGCUGUGGAUAUUCGUAAGGGAAACUGCUAAAUGCAGUCUCCUACUUUUCCCUCCAAAUAUACCUACAUUAAAAAAAAGGGUUCACUUUGAAGUACCAGGGACAAUUCAGAUCAAGAAACAAGCAGAUUCUGAUCAGUUAUAAAUGGGACUGUCUGUUCAGAACAUAGUUAUUCCAAUAAUCAACAGGCUAAAAUAGUACAAAGUCACCUUCCGAAGGAAGUUAUCUAUACAGAGACCCAUAAAACGAAUACACACACAUACACAUACACACACACAUGCUGUUUUGGCAUUAAAACUCUGCAUAGAUCAAAAAUUCACUUCAAUAAUCAAAUAUUUCAAUCAAGCCCUCUAAUAUGUAGAAGUCACACAGAAAUCCAACCUCCAGCAAUCGGAACAGGUGCUGUAUAGACAGUACAGUACUUUUCUACAGUGCAUUUGAUGCACUCGUUGGUUGCUGCUGUUAACAAAGCACUAGGCUUAAGACCAUAGAAAAAGUGAGACCUUACAGUGAAAACUCUACUACAUAUAUAUUAGGAAUAUUAAAACUAAGACUCUAAAGAUUCUUAUUCUUUUAAAGUCCAUUUCCAAAAUGCAUUUUAAGUGCAUGUUGUGCUUUUUCUGUGUGCUCUUGAAAUCACUCCUACCACCAGUCUUCAAUUGCCUUCCAAUUCUUACAUUGGCUUCGGCAGAGAAACUAGCCAUGGAAAGCAAAACCCUAAGCAACAUUCUACAGGCAGACUCAUACCUUUCAAUUACUUUAAGACCAGCAUUACAAAAACAAGGCCAGUUCCUACACACGAGUAAUCUUUACCCAUGGGCUUAGUCCCAUGGGCUCAAUGAGGUUACAUGCAUGAGUAAGGGUUUGCAGGAUCAGGCCCAUAGGAAAAGGCUAAUGGCUUACAGUGAGAUUAACUGGGGCUUCCAAGUCACUUCCAGUGGCUUUCUAAUGCUGCAGAAACCAUUGCCAACAUCACUAGUACUGUAAAACGUAUCAAAUGUGUUGCAGAAACUGCACAGGAGAGGGUAUGGUUACUGAGGUCCACUUGCUUAAACAGGAUGGAUCUCCAGUACAGAAUUUAAAUACAAACUAGACAGUAAAAUGGACAAGAAAGAAUCAAAUAUUUAACAGCAUGGGAAGUAGAGACAGAAUCACACUGCAUUUUUAAACAAGUUAUUGCAUAACAUCAGGAUAUGUGACUAAAUAUAUUUCAGGCUAGAGUGAAAACAAAAUUGCUAAAACAUUAAGUAUUAAAAAUACUGCCUUGUGAAAAUGAGAAAAAUGACAGAACUUUGUUAAUAAUUAAUCUACAUUAGCAUGUCUGGGAUUUUGUUUUGCUUUUAAUGAAACAAAUGGGCUAAACUGUAUAAUAGUUAAAACAACCUAAGUGAUGUGAAAUGCUGGAAUUUCAUGCUUGCUUAUUUCCAUCCAAAAGUCUCCAAGACACUGACUGCACUGUUAUUUUAAUGCAAAUUACUGCAAAGAUAAUAUCAUGUUAAGUGUCCCUGUAUUUCCUGAUUUAUGUAAGUCAAGAGGUGCUAGGCUAAAUUCAACAGUCCCCUUUCAGUGACAAAUAUGGGGUUGGAAGAGAAGGGGAAAAGAGGGGGGGGGG